AUGCAUUUUUCAACUAUAAGUGUGCUUCUUUCAGUUGCUCUAGCAGAAGCCGCGCCCUUCGUCACUCCUAUCGGACAUAAGACAAAUAAGGAGCCAGAUUACCCAGAAAGAUGCUAUCCCGACCCCUGUAAAGGGGUGACCUACGUGAACUCUACUGCUACAUACUCCCGCUUCGGCGAGCUCUGUCCAUUCGAGUUCCUAGAGAAAUGGACCGUGAACGCUUCCGACCCAACGGCUUAUUGGAUCUAUCCAGACUUCGACGGAUUCGCCACAACAUCCGAGAACGUGUCGAUUCUAGGGAAUAUCACACUCAACGUGGGCCAGAAACUUGAUAGGUUUGGAUCUGAAUAUGGAAAGUUCCUAGCACCUCUUGGAGCCCCAUAUAUUGAGCGAUCCCUGCCACCAUCCAAUCUUUUCGCACCACCCGACAGCAACUUCCCAUACAACUACCAUGUGUACGAGGUGACCAAGGCAUUUGAUAUUCUCCUGGGACCCAUUGCGGGUUGGUUUGAGCAACCCGGAUUUGGAUCGCAGCUUUUGGCCCAGUCCAGUGUGCUAGAUUUGUUGGAAGGGGGAUUCUUGAAAAGACUGGAAUUGAAAGACUAUGAUGAAGCCGAUGAAUUCUCUGCGGGUUAUCAACCUGCUCCCGAGAAAACUUCCACCUAA